CCACCUCCGGAUUUUUCGCGCAUGCGCAUGCUCUGGUCAGGGGGUCGGGCAGCGCUUCGGGCGGAGAGGCAGCCAGUGAUGGAGAGGGAGUGACCCGGGAUCCGGCAGGGAUUACGGCCGGGUCUGUUAAUUGGACAGACUCCACUUCAUAAAGGUUUUGUCCAGUUAUCAGUCACCAUGGUUGCCCUGUCGCUGAAGAUCUGUGUACGGCAGUGCAAUGUUGUCAAGACCAUGCAAUUUGAGCCUUCCACUGCUGUCUAUGAUGCCUGCCGGAUCAUCCGAGAGAGGGUCCCAGAGGCUCAGACAGGCCAAGCAUUCGACUUUGGACUCUUCUUAUCUGAUGAAGAUCCAAGGAAAGGAAUCUGGCUGGAGGCUGGCAGAACCCUGGAUUACUACAUGCUGAGGAAUGGGGAUGUCUUGGAGUAUAAAAAGAAACAGCGACCCCAGAAAAUUCGAAUGUUGGAUGGAGCUGCAAAAAUGAUUAUGGUGGAUGACUCAAAGACUGUAGGAGAACUUCUGGUGACCAUCUGCAGCAGAAUAGGUAUUACUAACUAUGAGGAGUACUCUCUUAUCCGGGAAACUGCCGAAGAGAAGAAAGAAGAGCCAACUGGAACACUGAAAAAAGACAGGACUCUCCUCCGAGAUGAGAAAAAAAUGGAGAAACUGAAAGCUAAGCUUCACACAGAGGAUGAGUUGAAUUGGCUCGAUCACAGCCGCACAUUUCGAGAGCAGGGAGUCGAUGAAAAUGAAACCUUACUUCUCAGAAGAAAGUUCUUCUACUCAGAUCAGAAUGUGGAUUCCAGGGAUCCUGUACAGCUCAACUUGCUUUAUGUGCAGGCUCGUGAUGACAUCUUGAAUGGUUCUCACCCAGUAUCAUUUGAAAAGGCCUGUGAGUUUGGAGGAAUACAAACCCAGAUUCAGUUUGGGCCUCAUGUGGAAGCUAAACAUAAACCUGGCUUCCUAGACUUGAAAGAGUUUCUUCCUAAAGAGUAUAUCAAGCAGAGAGGAGCAGAGAAAAGGUUAUUUCAGGAACAUAAGAACUGUGGGGAAAUGACAGAAAUUGAAGCCAAGGUUAAGUAUGUGAAGCUGGCUCGGUCCCUACGCACAUAUGGGGUGUCGUUCUUUUUAGUUAAGGAAAAGAUGAAGGGUAAAAACAAACUUGUGCCUCGCUUACUUGGGAUUACUAAGGAUUCUGUGAUGAGGGUAGAUGAGAAAACAAAGGAAGUACUUCAAGAGUGGCCACUGACAACGGUGAAACGUUGGGCUGCUUCUCCAAAAAGCUUCACCUUGGACUUUGGAGAGUAUCAAGAGAGUUAUUAUUCGGUGCAGACCACAGAAGGAGAGCAGAUCUCUCAGUUAAUCGCUGGAUAUAUAGAUAUUAUUCUCAAGAAGAAACAAAGUAAAGACCGCUUUGGGUUAGAGGGGGAUGAAGAAUCAACAAUGUUAGAAGAAUCAAUUUCCCCCAAGAAAUCCACUAUUCUUCAGCAGCAGCAAGUCACUCGACCUGGUAAGCUUGAACAUGGCACAGUUGCUCUGCCUGCUAUUAUACGCUCGGGGUCAAGUGGACCAGAGACUUUUAACAUGGGCACCAUGCCAUCAGCUCAACAACAGCUCACCACAGGCCAAAUGCACAGAGGUCACAUGCCUCCACUAACAUCAGCUCAGCAAGCUCUGAUGGGGACCAUUAACACCAGCAUGCAUGCAGUUCAACAGGCACAUGAUGAUCUGAGCCAAGUGGACAAUCUGCCACCUCUAGGACACGACAUGGCAUCAAGAGUUUGGAUCCAAAACAAGGUAGAUGAGUCAAAGCAUGAGAUCCACUCCCAAGUGGAUGCUAUCACUGCAGGAACAGCUUCAGUGGUGAAUCUGACUGCAGGGGAUCCAUCAGAAACAGACUACACAGCGGUGGGAUGUGCAAUUACCACUAUUUCUUCAAAUUUGACGGAGAUGUCCAAGGGUGUAAAAUUAUUGGCUGCUCUGAUGGAGGAUGAGGUUGGCAGUGGGGAGAAAUUGCUAGGAGCAGCCAGGACACUGGCAGGUGCUGUAUCUGAUCUACUUACAGCCGUACAGCCAUCUUCUGGAGAGCCUCGGCAGACUGUUCUCACAGCCGCAGGCAGCAUAGGGCAGGCAAGUGGAGACCUUCUGCGACAAAUUGGAGAGAGUGAAGCGGAUGAGCGGUUCCAGGAUGUAUUAAUGAGUUUGGCAAAAGCUGUUGCCAAUGCAGCUGCCAUGUUGGUCCUGAAGGCCAAGAAUGUGGCACAAGUGACUGAAGACACAGUACUACAGAACAGAGUGAUUGCUGCUGCUACUCAAUGUGCACUUUCUACCUCCCAGCUAGUGGCAUGUGCAAAGGUGGUUAGUCCUACUAUUAGUUCACCAGUAUGUCAAGAACAACUAAUUGAAGCUGGGAAACUGGUGGAUCGCUCUGUGGAGAACUGUGUGCGGGCCUGCCAAUCAGCCACAGAAGAUAUUGAACUAUUAAAACAAGUCAGCGCAGCAGCCAGUGUGGUCAGUCAAGCCCUUAAUGACCUCUUACAACAUGUCCGCCAGUUUGCAAGCCGUGGAGAACCCAUUGGCCGCUAUGACCAGGCAACAGAUACGAUCAUGUCAGUCACAGAGAGCAUAUUCAGCUCCAUGGGGGAUGCAGGAGAAAUGGUUCGACAAGCACGGGUGUUAGCUCAAGCAACAUCAGAUCUGGUCAAUGCUAUGAGAUCUGAUGCAGAGGCUGAGGUGGAUAUGGACAACUCCAAGAAACUGUUGGCUGCUGCCAAGCUUCUGGCUGAUUCUACUGCCCGAAUGGUGGAGGCGGCAAAGGGAGCUGCCGCCAACCCUGAGAAUGAAGAUCAGCAACAGCGACUUAGGGAAGCAGCAGAGGGUCUGAGAGUGGCUACUAAUGCUGCGGCACAGAAUGCUAUCAAGAAGAAGAUAGUUAACAGGCUUGAGGCUGCCGCAAAACAAGCUGCUGCAGCUGCUACUCAGACCAUCGCAGCUUCCCAGAAUGCCUCUGUCUCAAAUAAGAACAUGGCAGCUCAUCAGCAGCUGGUUCAGAGCUGCAAGGCUGUGGCCGACAAUAUUCCUCAGUUGGUCCAAGGGGUAAGAGGCAGUCAAGCCCAGGCUGAUGACUUGAGUGCACAACUAACUCUAAUAGUCUCCAGCCAAAACUUUCUGCAGCCUGGAAGCAAGAUGGUUUCAUCUGCCAAAGCUGCUGUGCCCACUGUAACUGAUCAGGCAGCUGCCAUGCAGCUGGGUCAGUGCGCCAAGAACCUGGCUACCAGCUUGGCUGAGCUGCGUACAGCUGCACAAAAGGCUCAUGAAGCUUGUGGCCCCAUGGAAAUUGAUUCUGCUCUGAAUUCCGUCCAGACGCUUAAGAAUGAAUUGCAGGAUGCAAAGAUGGCAGCUACAGAUGGGCAACUGAAACCCCUUCCAGGGGAGACGCUGGAGAAGUGUGCCCAGGACCUUGGCAGCACAUCUAAGACUGUUGGCUCCUCCAUGGCUCAGCUGUUGACAUGUGCAGCUCAGGGGAAUGAGCAUUACACAGGUGUUGCUGCAAGAGAAACUGCACAGGCUCUGAAAACCCUGGCGCAGUCCGCUCGAGGGGUUGCAGCUUCCACCAGUGAUCCACAGGCUGCAAACGACAUGUUGGAUUCAGCCAGAGAUGUGAUGGAUGGGUCAGCUAAGCUUAUCCAGGAAGCAAAGCAAGCUUUAGUGGCCCCUGGGGAUGCUGAGGUCCAGCAGAGGUUGGCUCAGGUGGCUAAAGCUGUGUCUCAUUCACUGAAUAACUGUGUAAAUUGCCUUCCUGGGCAAAAGGAUGUAGACAUGGCUCUGAAGAGCAUUGGAGAGUCCAGCAAAAAGUUACUUGUGGAUUCGCUUCCUCCCAGCACCAAGUCUUUCCAGGAAGCACAGAGUGGUUUGAACCAGGCAGCAGAGGAUCUGAACCAGUCAGCUGGAGAGGUGGUCCAUGCUUCCCGGGGACAAAGUGGAGAGUUGGCAGUUGCAUCUGGUAAAUUUAGUGAAGAUUUUGAUGAGUUCCUCGAUGCUGGAAUUGAAAUGGCUGGACAGACACAGAAUAAAGACGACCAGAUUCAAGUUAUAGGAAACCUCAAAACCAUCUCAAUGGCCUCUAGCAAAUUGCUCCUUGCUGCAAAGUCCCUUUCUGUAGAUUCUGGAGCACCAAGUGCAAAAAAUCUCCUGGCAGCUGCUGCUAGGGCCGUGACCGAGAGCAUAAACCAGCUGAUAACAAUAUGCACUCAACAAGCACCAGGCCAGAAAGAAUGUGACAAUGCUUUGCGUGAGCUGGAGACUGUGAAAGGAAUGCUUGAGAAUCCGAAUGAGCCAGUCAGUGACCUGUCUUAUUUUGACUGCAUUGAAAGUGUAAUGGAGAAUUCAAAGGUACUAGGAGAAUCUAUGGCUGGGAUCUCUCAGAAUGCAAAAACUGGAGAUUUGCCAGUAUUUGGCGAUUGUGUGGGUGUAGCCUCCAAGGCUCUUUGUGGUCUCACAGAGGCUGCUGCACAGGCAGCUUACUUGGUGGGUAUUUCAGAUCCCAAUAGCCAGGCUGGGCAACAAGGACUUGUUGACCCAAUUCAAUUUGCUAGAGCUAAUCAAGCUAUUCAGAUGGCAUGUCAGAAUCUAGUGGAUCCAGCUAGUAGUCCCUCUCAGGUUCUAUCAGCUGCCACCAUAGUUGCCAAACACACCUCAGCACUGUGCAAUGCCUGCCGCAUUGCAUCCUCCAAAACAGCCAAUCCUGUGGCUAAGAGGCACUUUGUCCAGUCAGCCAAAGAGGUGGCGAACAGUACUGCCAACUUAGUGAAAACAAUUAAGACACUAGAUGGAGACUUUUCAGAUGACAAUCGUGAAAAAUGCAGCAAAGCCACAGCACCGCUCAUAUCAGCUGUGGAGAACCUGACUGCAUUUGCAUCAAAUCCAGAAUUUGCCAGUAUUCCUGCUCAAAUCAGCACAGAGGGGGCUCGGGCACAGGAACCUAUUUUGGUAUCUGCUGUCACUAUGUUAGAGAGUUCUUCAUCGCUUAUCAAGACAGCGCGCUCUCUAGCAAUCAAUCCAAAAGAUCCACCAACGUGGUCCAGUCUCGCCAGUCACUCCAGGGUAGUCUCGGACUCUAUUAAAAGCUUGAUUACAUCUAUCAGGGACAAAGCUCCAGGACAGAGAGAGUGUGACCAGUCCAUUGAUAGCAUCAACCGAUGUAUUCGAGACAUUGAACAAGCAUCUCUUGCAAGUGUCAGCCAGAAUCUAGCCAUGCGGGAUGACAUCUCACUAGAGGCUCUUCAGGAACAACUUACAUCUGUAGUACAAGAAAUAGGUCACCUGAUAGAUCCUAUUACCACAGCCGCACGGGGAGAAGCAGCUCAGCUUGGUCAUAAGGUGACCCAACUCGCCCGUUAUUUUGAGCCAUUGAUUCAAGCUGCCGUGGGACUGGUUUCCAAAAUCCUGGACCAUCAGCAACAGAUGACAGUGCUUGAUCAAACAAAAACCCUUGCUGAGUCUGCUUUGCAGAUGUUAUAUGCAGCCAAGGAGGGUGGAGGAAACCCUAAGGCUUCCCACACACACGAUGCCAUUGCAGAGGCAGCACAGCUGAUGAAGGAGGCUGUAGAUGACCUUAUGAUUACUCUGAAUGAGGCUGCCAGUGAAGUUGGUAUGGUGGGAGGCAUGGUGGACUCCAUAGCAGAUGCCAUGAGCAAGCUUGAUGAAGGGACUCCACCGGAACCCACAGGGACUUUUGUGGAUUACCAAACCACAGGUGUUAAAUACUCCAAGGCUAUUGCUGUAACUGCCCAAGAAAUGAUGACAAAGUCUGUAACAAAUCCAGAGGAGCUUGGUGGUUUGGCAUCCCAGGUGACCAGUGACUAUGGAAAUUUAGCUGUACAGGGUCGAAUGGCUGCGGCUACAGCAGAACCUAAAGAGGUUGGGUUUCAAAUCAAGACAAGAAUUCAGGACUUGGGACAUGGAUGUAUAUUCUUGGUUCAGAAGGCUGGAGCCCUACAAAUCUGCCCAUCUGAUAGUUACACUAAGCGGGAGUUGAUUGAGUGUGCCCGAGCGGUGACCGAAAAGGUUUCUCUGGUACUUUCAGCUUUGCAGGCAGGUAACAAGGGCACCCAAGCGUGCAUUACAGCGGGCACUGCUGUAUCUGGCAUUAUUGCUGAUCUGGACACUACCAUCAUGUUCGCCACAGCUGGCACACUAAACUCUGAGAACAAGGAAUCAUUUGCUGACCACAGGGAGAACAUUCUGAAGACUGCCAAGGCUCUUGUAGAGGAUACAAAGCUGUUGGUGUCUGGCGCAGCAUCCAGUCAGGAUAAGCUGGCCCAGGCCGCUCAGUCAUCAGCCAACACUAUUACACAGCUCGCAGAGGUGGUUAAAUUGGGUGCAGCAAGCUUGGGGUCUGAUGACCCUGAAACUCAGGUGGUGCUAAUCAAUGCAAUCAAGGAUGUGGCAAAGGCUCUAGGGGAUCUGAUUGGAGCCACAAAGGGAGCAGCUGGUAAAGCAGCUGAUGAUCCGUCCAUGUAUCAGUUAAAGAGCGCAGCUAAGGUUAUGGUGACUAAUGUUACUUCCCUGCUGAAGACUGUGAAAGCCGUGGAAGAUGAGGCUACACGUGGUACAAGGGCCUUGGAAGCCACAAUUGAGCACAUCAAGCAAGAGCUAACAGUUUUCCAGUCAAAAGAUGUUCCUGAAAGAACCACAACACCAGAAGAAUCAAUACGGAUGACCAAAGGAAUUACUGCAGCAACAGCCAAAGCAGUAGCAGCCGGGAAUUCUUGCAGACAGGAAGAUGUCAUUGCUACUGCUAACUUAAGCCGUAAAGCAGUCUCUGAAAUGCUAAAUGCCUGCAAGCAAGCCGUGUAUCAUCCAGACAUAUGUGAGGAAAUAAGGGAGCGAGCACUGAAAUAUGGCACAGAAUGUACAUUAGGAUACCUGGAGAUGCUGGAACAUGUUUUAACUGUUCUGCAGAAACCCACUCCCGAAGGAAAGCAUCAGCUCUCUGCCUUCUCAAAGCGUAUUGCAUCAGCGGUGACGGAACUAAUCCAGACAACAGAAACUAUGAAAGGUACAGAAUGGGUUGAUCCAGAAGAUCCCACAGUUAUUGCAGAGACAGAGCUACUUGGUGCUGCAGCUUCUAUUGAGGCAGCAGCAAAAAAACUGGAGCAGCUCAGACCUCGAGCCAAGCCAAAACAGGCAGAUGAGACCCUCGACUUUGAGGAGCAAAUCCUAGAAGCAGCAAAGUCAAUUGCAGCUGCCACAAGUGCAUUGGUGAAGUCUGCCUCAGCAGCACAGAGAGAGUUGGUGGCACAAGGCAAGGUUGGUGCAAUUGCUGCUAAUGCAGCGGAUGAUGGUCAGUGGUCCCAAGGACUCAUUUCUGCUGCCAGGAUGGUGGCCGCGGCAACAAGCAACUUGUGUGAAUCAGCUAACGCCUCAGUACAGGGCCACGCCAGUGAGGAGAAACUGAUCUCCUCUGCCAAGCAAGUAGCAGCAUCCACUGCCCAACUUCUGGUCGCCUGCAAGGUGAAAGCUGACCAAGACUCGGAAGCCAUGAGAAGACUCCAGGCUGCUGGCAAUGCUGUGAAGCGAGCAUCUGAUAACCUGGUCAGGGCAGCCCAGAAAGCUGCCUUCAGCAAAGCAGAGGAGGAUGAUGUUGUUGUGAAGACAAAGUUUGUAGGUGGAAUUGCACAGAUUAUUGCAGCUCAAGAGGAAAUGCUUAAAAAGGAGAGAGAGCUUGAAGAAGCCCGUAAGAAGUUGGCCCAAAUCCGUCAACAACAGUACAAGUUCCUACCGUCGGCCCUGAGAGAAGAGGACAGCUAGUUAAACAUCUUGGCUUUAACCUUGGAAAUGUUGUGCUCUAAAGGAGGAAGAGACAAACCUUUACUGUAUCUGGGAGCCGCCCUCCUUGUCGUCCACUGGAUUCUAAAACCACUAUGACAUGGAGGGGUGGUGUGGGUUUUCACAGAUUGAAGACAGUAUUAUUUCCCAAGGUGGACAUACCCAAUUAUAUAAAUAAAGUAUAUAUCAAAGAUAAACACCGGGGGAGGGGUCUAUAAGACUGUGACCUAAAGCACAGCCCCUUUAACAAUAAUACAUGUGCUUUUAAAGAUUGUCCCCCUUUUCAUUUAACCACUUGUGUUGCAGGUGCCUGCCAUGCAAAGCCAAGCAUAAAAGGGGUAAAAUUACUUUUUUUCUAGUAUGUUUUUCAAUUUGAUUUGGUCACUGGAUCAGCCAUGUACCCUGAUAUCAUGUACACAAAGCCUCUUGGAAAUUAAAGGCACUUGUAAGUAAGCAGCACCAUGUGCAGUAAUGUGUUUAUUAUACUGAAAGCGGACAAUAAAAGGGGCUGUUUCACACAAAAAACACAUGGUCAGUGCUGUAAAAAUAUUAAAAACACAUCUCACUAAUAUUUGCUCAUCUUCAAAACUCAUGGCAGGGCGCUGCUUUCUCCCCUUCCUGUGUGUGGCCAAUGACACUUACAAAGUGGCUGCUCUCUGGUCCAGUUCAAUAGCUAAGCCAGCCACUACUACAAAUGUAUUUUCUUGAAGACAAAGGCUGCUGAAACUCAUGGAGGAGGGAAGAUGCUUUUUCCCAUGUCUAAAGUCACAGCUUACAAAAAUGCCUUCAAAGAGUCAUCCCAUAUUUUAUAAUUUGACACACUGAACUUUUUAUUUAAUCCCUUUAAUACUGAAUACUUCUUGGUUAUUUCUGUAUACAGGGUAUUUAAAGUUUUGAAAAAUCUUUUAACAUGUCAUACAGAAAUGUCAAUAGUUUUGAUGAUUCUGUGUCUGGGUGUUCGCUAGGUCAAGGCAGUAGUUGAUGAAGCCCCUCUACUACUCAUCUCUCUGCAGGAGUCUUCAAAGACUUAUUCCAGAAUCCGUCUCCUGUAGGGAAAAGAGGAGAGCUGCACACCCACAUCUAUCCUAGCGAUCAGUGGAGGUAUGAACAUCCACAACCCAACCGAUCAAAACAUUGACAUUUUUGUGUGACACAUGAAACAUUUUUAAAAUUGGCAAGAAUGCUUUAACCUACAAAAUAUGUAUGAGAUCCCUGAUGUAGUUCUGAUCCUGUUCCAGGUGUUUUUCGUUUUGGAAAGGUUUGUACCUAUUGCUAUUUCUGGAAAAAAAAUUAUUUUGCUUAGUAACUGGCUACCAUACAAUUCCAUUGUUUAAGUUCCUUAGAUUGUUAAUUCUUUAUAGCAUGCAUGUUAUAAUUUGGAUUAUAAGGUACUGUUUUUGUAUUCUGUUAGAAAAAAAAGUUUAUGUAAAGAAAGAGUUAUCAAUAUAAUAAAAAAGUUCUACAUG